AUGGCCCCGGCAGCUUCUGACGCUGGCGAGAUAGCCAAGGAGGAAGUGGACGCGGUGUUUGCGGCCGCGUUAGCCGCCGCUCCUCCUCUUCGAGAGGUACCUCCUCCUCCUUCAUUUAUUCGUCAAACUGAUGAGACGAAAGAAGAAGUGAAAGAAGAAAUAGGAGUAAACGUCGUCAACGUUCCGCCUCCUCCGAACGCGACGAUGGGUAAUAAUACGAUUCAGCGUGAGCAGCACGAGCAAAGAGCGAUAUCGACGUUUAUCGUCAAAGCUGACGACGACGAGAAAAUCAUCACCCAAACGGAGAAAGAGGAGGAGAAGUUAGCACUGACGGCGAGAGAGGCGUUUUUAGCCACGUUCGCGAAUUACGACAAAAAGAAGACACUUGGGUUGAGGAACGGAGACGAGAAGGAAGACGAAGAGCGAGGGAAAAUGCUACCGUCGUCGUCGGAAGCUAUAAAAUUGAAAAAUCCACCACCGAAUCCGAUUCGAUUGCAAUCGCCGUACGGAUUGAUCGACCCGUUGAAGUGUACCGCCACGGGAACGUUGGUGAGCGGAUGUAAGAAGAACGAAACGGCGAAAGUAUACGUGCAAAUGCGAGACGAGAUGGGAAACGCGCUGACAAAACCGACAAAAGAGGAAGUGGAGAUGAUGAAGAAAUGCGGAAAGAUGACGGUGGAAGGACGCGUUUUGUUAGCUUCGACGACGAAAGAGAACGCCGCGAAGGAAGAGUUUGAUACUUUCGAGUUGAAGGUUAUGGAUGGGAAGUCCUUGGUGUAUUACGGAGAGUAUCGACCGUUGGAGAGAGGAACGUACAACGUAUAUGUGGACGUGGUGUUCAACGAGCAAAGAAAUCCGAAGAAUAACGGACGGUUUAAGAUUGAAGGGUCGCCGUUUCCGGUCUAUUCUGAAGAUACGGGAGGAGCGCAUCUUCAUAACGGAAUCGGUGAAAAUGAAAGGGAACGCAGCAACAUAGGUGACUUUAAGACGAAUGUGAAUGCGAAUACUUCGAAUGCUGCUCAAAACGAUGCGCACGCUCCUUCGACUGGUAUCGAUGGCCCGACGUCAUUUGAUAUCGGCGGAGGUAUCUCCGUGGAAAAUGAUAAAGACGACAAGAGAACUGUCCACGUGGCAAAUUUAUCGAUAGCGAUGAAUCAAGAUGCGUUAGUUCAGCUCAUGUCGCACGUAGGAACUGUAGUUGCAACCAAAAUGGGAGGUGAAGGUAAGACGUACGCGUUCGUUGAGUUCUUGUCGCACGAACAGGCAAGGACGGCGAAAGGAUUAAACGGCAUGGAAAUAGGCGGCAGAAGUUUAAAAGUUGAAUUUUCGAAGCAAUCGAGGUUAAUCGGGACGACCACGAAUGUUGUCAUUCAUUACGGACCUCAGCAACAGUUGGCUUUGGAACAAGAGCAGAAAAAGAAGGAAAAAGAAAGAGAGGAGAAAGAACGCGCGAGAAAUCAAAUGAGAGAGGAAAGAGACAGAGUGCGAGAGGAAAGAGAGAGAGUGCGAGAGGAAAGAGAAAGAGCGCGAGCGCAAGAGAUAUUAGCGGCAGAAAAGAGUAAACCGAUAUAUUCCAAUCCGAACGUUCGACAUCAAAUCGAAAUGCAGAAAGUCUUGGAGGGAAAAACUGAAGAGGAGAUAUUAUUAGAGCGCGCUCGAGCGCAAAAAAGGAUGAAACCAGACCAACCUGGAAAACUUAUGACGGCGGCAGAACGCGCCGCAAAACGCGCGCAAGAAAUCAGCGCCCGAUUGAACGCGAAGAGAUAG